AUGUCUUUGUCAGAUCAGAUCGCUGCCCUGCAAGUCGAGCUCGCUGUCGCAACGGAGCUGGUCGAAUGGCGCAACCAUCUGCUGGAACUGGAGACCGAGCGCGCCAACCACGCCAUGGAGCGUCUCGCGCUAGAGCAGGCGUCGCGAGAGGAUGACAGCCGGAGGGCGGUGGCAUUGGUCCAGUCGCUCAAUGGUCAGGUCACAGCGCUCCGGGGGCAGAACACCCGCCUCAUGAGAAUGUUCGAGGAUGAGCUGCGGAAGCAAUCGCAGCCGCCCAGGGCUGCGAUGCCUGCCAGUUUUGAUGGCGGUAUUUGGCCAGGGCAAGUCCAGCAACAUGUCAACAUGCACAUGAGGCCGGAGAACUGGGGUCCUGGAGGCCCCAUGCAGCAAGCGGGACUGUUCAACCAGUUCCAGACCAUGUCAGACGGAGACAUGCAGCAAGCGGGACUGUUCAACCAGUUCCAGACCGCUGAUCCCCAACUCCUGCAAGUUGGCUACGGCAGUAGUUCAGGGAGUACCGCGCAGGUACAACCCAGCAUGCAGCCGCCCAGGAUGCAGUUCCCCAACGUGCAGCCCCCCGUCCAGCCAGCACCCCCUGUCCAGCCAGCCCCCAAGGUCGCUAUUCCGCGGUUGCCAGACCGCAACGCAUCAUCAUCCAGCCGCUCGGCACCUACAACCAGGGGAAGAAGAUCCCGUUUGCCGCCCGCCCCCCGUCGGGUAGUUGCCUGCAUACACUGCCGGAACAACUGGUGGGCGGAUACCUGCGACGAUGGCGAGCCGUGCCAGAACUGCGCCCUGACUCAUGGAAAGCAGGAUUGCAUGCGUCAAAGGUGCAAAAAUAACUACGCUCGCGGGACUUGCACCUACAAGGAUUGUAAGGGCACGCACGAGGGCGAUGAGCGGUAUCGAAAUGUUGCGCCCACUGGGGUAUGGGGGUUGAGCUUAAUUGAUCGGCGUAAUGCUGUGCCCAGCCCGGUACAGGUAUUGCGGGAUAGGGCUCGGGCUGCUGAGGCCACGGCUGCUGCGGCUAGGGCUGCUGCAGCGGGUCCAGGAAAUGGGGUUGGAAGGGUUAUGGGUCGGACGGCGUUGACCAUUGAGAAUUAG